AUGAAGACUCCUCCAGCAGCUCAGAACGCCAAGCAGAACGCGCUGGCACUUAAACGUUACUUGCCUCGCAAGCUCAGGGAGGCGGCCGAGGACGAGGCCGAGGUGGAGAAGGGCGUCGGCCACGACUUGAUCAUCUACAGCUUCGACCGUCCCAACGGCCAGUACGGCUACACGCCCUUUACGAUUCAGCUGCGCCUCCGCCUGCGCCAUGCCGGAAUCCAGCACAAGGACCGCGCCGCCAACAUCUUCCAGGCUCCCAAGCAGCGGGUGCCCUACGUCAAGCUCGCGGACUCGGACGAGCUCGUCGGCGAGUCCCAGUUCAUCAUCAAGCGCCUGGUGCAGACGGGCAAGCUGCCCGACCUGAACAAGGAGCUCGCUCCUGCGGACCUGGCCAAGGAUGCUUGCAUCCGUGCCAUGCUGGAGGACCGCGCCUACUUCCUCGUUCUGUACGAGAGAUGGCGCGGCCAGUACCAGCAGAUGUGGAAUGACGGCCCCUUUAGCCACUUUGUCUGGGGCGCGAAGCACAUCUCGACCCAGGUCGCGCGCGGCUACGUCAACUCCCAGCUCUACAUGCAGGGCGUCGGCCGCUACACCGACGACGAGGUCAAGAACUUCGCCACGGACGUCACCAUGUCCCUCAACGGCUUCUGCGAGACGGCCUUGUCUAAGCUGUCCCUCGACUCUCGCGAGUCCCGUGAGCCCUUCUGGAUCCUGGGUGGUCAGCGACCUUCCGAGGCCGACUUUGUCGCCUUUGGCAACCUGGCGACCAUCCUCGGCACCUCUGUGAACCCUGUUCACGCGGCUCUCAUCCGCGAGAAGCCGGCCUUGGUUGAGUAUGUUGGACGAAUUCACGAGCGUUUCUUCUCUGAGUACAAGUCCCCUGUUCACUCUUAA